AUGGCCCAGAGCAAGAGGCAUAUGUACAGCCGGACGCCCAGUGGCAGCAGAAUGAGUGCCGAGGCAAGCGCCCGACCUUUGCGAGUGGGCUCCCGUGUAGAGGUGAUUGGAAAAGGCCAUCGAGGCACUGUGGCCUAUGUUGGAGCCACACUCUUUGCCACUGGCAAAUGGGUAGGCGUGAUCCUGGAUGAAGCAAAGGGCAAGAAUGAUGGAACUGUCCAAGGCAGGAAGUACUUCACUUGUGAUGAAGGGCAUGGUAUCUUUGUGCGCCAAUCCCAGAUCCAGGUAUUUGAAGAUGGAGCAGAUACUACUUCCCCAGAGACACCUGAUUCUUCUGCCUCAAAGGUCCUCAAAAGAGAGGGAACUGACUCAGCUGCGAAGACCAGCAAACUGCCCACCCGCCCAGCCAGUACUGGGGUGGCUGGGGCCAGUAGCUCCCUGGGCCCCUCUGGCUCAGCAUCAGCAGGUGAGCUGAGCAGCAGUGAGCCCAGCACCCCAGCUCAGACUCCCCUGGCAGCACCCAUCAUCCCCACACCGGCUCUCACCUCUCCUGGAGCAGCACCCCCAUUGCCUUCCCCCUCCAAGGAGGAGGAGGGGCUGAGGGCCCAGGUACGGGAUCUGGAGGAGAAACUGGAGACCCUGCGGUUGAAACGGGCAGAAGACAAGGCAAAGCUAAAAGAGCUGGAGAAACAUAAGAUCCAGCUGGAGCAGGUGCAGGAAUGGAAGAGCAAAAUGCAGGAGCAGCAGGCGGACCUGCAACGACGCCUCAAGGAGGCGCGGAAGGAAGCCAAAGAGGCACUGGAGGCGAAGGAACGUUACAUGGAGGAGAUGGCUGACACUGCUGAUGCCAUCGAGAUGGCCACUCUGGACAAGGAGAUGGCUGAAGAGCGGGCUGAGUCCCUGCAGCAGGAGGUGGAGGCAUUGAAAGAACGUGUGGAUGAGCUCACCACUGACUUAGAGAUCCUCAAGGCUGAGAUUGAAGAGAAGGGCUCAGAUGGGGCAGCGUCCAGUUAUCAGCUCAAGCAGCUCGAGGAGCAGAAUGCCCGCCUAAAGGAUGCCCUGGUGAGGAUGCGGGAUCUUUCUUCCUCGGAGAAGCAGGAGCAUGUGAAACUCCAGAAGCUCAUGGAAAAGAAGAACCAAGAGCUGGAAGUUGUGAGGCAACAGCGGGAGCGUCUGCAGGAAGAGCUGAGCCAGGCGGAGAGCACCAUCGAUGAGCUCAAGGAGCAGGUGGAUGCUGCUCUGGGUGCUGAGGAGAUGGUGGAGAUGCUAACAGACCGGAACUUGAAUCUAGAAGAGAAAGUGCGAGAGUUGAGAGAGACCGUGGGGGACUUGGAAGCGAUGAAUGAGAUGAACGAUGAGCUGCAGGAGAAUGCGCGCGAGACAGAACUGGAGCUGCGGGAGCAGCUGGACAUGGCGGGCGCGAGGGUUCGGGAGGCCCAGAAGCGUGUAGAAGCAGCCCAGGAGACUGUUGCAGACUACCAGCAAACCAUCAAGAAGUACCGCCAGCUGACCGCCCACCUUCAGGAUGUGAAUCGGGAACUGACAAACCAGCAAGAAGCAUCUGUGGAGAGGCAGCAGCAGCCACCCCCGGAGACUUUUGACUUUAAAAUCAAGUUUGCUGAGACUAAGGCUCAUGCCAAGGCAAUUGAGAUGGAAUUGAGGCAGAUGGAGGUGGCCCAGGCCAACCGUCACAUGUCCCUGCUUACAGCCUUCAUGCCAGACAGCUUCCUUCGGCCAGGUGGGGACCAUGACUGUGUCCUGGUGCUGCUGCUCAUGCCUCGUCUCAUUUGCAAGGCAGAGCUGAUCCGGAAGCAGGCCCAGGAGAAGUUUGAACUAAGCGAAAACUGUUCAGAGAGGCCUGGGCUCCGAGGAGCUGCAGGGGAGCAGCUCAGCUUUGCUGCCGGGCUGGUGUACUCACUGAGUCUAUUGCAGGCCACACUCCACCGCUAUGAGCACGCCCUCUCUCAGUGCAAUGUGGACGUGUAUAAGAAGGUUGGCAGCCUCUACCCUGAGAUGAGUGCCCACGAGCGCUCCUUGGAUUUCCUCAUUGAGCUGCUACACAAGGAUCAGCUGGAUGAGACUGUCAACGUAGAGCCUCUCACUAAGGCCAUCAAGUACUACCAGCAUCUGUACAGUAUCCAUCUUGCUGAACAGCCCGAGGACAGUACCAUGCAUCUGGCUGACCACAUUAAGUUCACCCAGAGUGCCCUUGACUGCAUGAGUGUAGAGGUGGGACGGCUGCGUGCCUUCUUGCAGGGUGGACAGGAGGCUUCAGAUAUUGCCCUCCUGCUCCGGGACCUGGAAACAUCAUGUAGUGACAUCCGCCAGUUCUGCAAGAAGAUCCGAAGGCGAAUGCCAGGGACAGAUGCUCCUGGGAUCCCAGCUGCACUGGCCUUUGGACCACAGGUGUCCGACACACUCCUAGACUGCAGGAAACACUUGACGUGGGUGGUGGCUGUGCUGCAGGAGGUGGCAGCUGCUGCCGCCCAGCUCAUUGCCCCACUGGCAGAGAACGAGGGACUGCCUGUGGCUGCCCUGGAGGAGCUGGCUUUCAAAGCAAGCGAGCAGAUCUACGGGACCCCCUCCAGCAGCCCCUAUGAGUGUCUGCGCCAGUCGAGCAACAUCCUCAUCAGUACCAUGAACAAACUGGCCACGGCCAUGCAGGAGGGAGAGUAUGAUGCAGAGCGGCCCCCCAGCAAGCCUCCCCCAGUUGAGCUGCGGGCUGCAGCCCUUCGUGCAGAGAUCACUGAUGCUGAAGGCCUGGGCUUGAAGCUUGAAGAUAGAGAGACAGUUAUCAAGGAGUUGAAGAAGUCACUCAAAAUCAAGGGGGAGGAACUAAGUGAGGCCAACGUGCGGCUAAGCCUCUUGGAGAAGAAGCUGGACAGUGCUGCCAAGGAUGCAGAUGAGCGCAUCGAGAAAGUCCAGACUCGCCUGGAGGAGACCCAGGCACUGCUGCGGAAGAAGGAGAAAGAGUUUGAGGAGACGAUGGAUGCACUCCAGGCUGACAUUGACCAGCUAGAGGCAGAGAAGGCAGAGCUAAAGCAGCGGCUGAACAGCCAGUCGAAGCGCACGAUUGAGGGGCUCCGGGGGCCCCCUCCCUCGGGUAUUGCUACCCUGGUCUCUGGCAUUGCUGGUGGAGGCACCCCCGGGCAGGUACCAGGGUCUGUUGCAGGCCCCGGGCUGGUGAAGGAUUCACCCCUGCUGCUGCAGCAGAUCUCUGCCAUGAGGCUGCAUAUCUCCCAGCUACAGCAUGAGAAUAGCAUCCUCAAGGGAGCCCAGAUGAAGGCAUCCUUAGCAGCCCUGCCCCCACUGCAUGUGGCAAAGCUCUCACCCCAUGAGGGCCCUGAUAGUGAGCUAACAGCUGGAGCGCUGUAUCGUAAGACCAGCCAGCUGUUGGAGACGUUGAAUCAACUGAGCACGCACACCCACGUAGUAGAUAUCACUCGUACCAGCCCUGCUGCCAAGAGCCCGUCGGCCCAGCUCCUGGAGCAGGUGGCUCAGCUCAAGUCCUUAAGUGACACCAUCGAGAAACUCAAGGAUGAGGUCCUUAAGGAAACCGUAUCUCAGCGCCCUGGAGCCACAGUCCCCACUGACUUUGCCACUUUCCCUUCAUCAGCCUUCCUCAGGGCCAAGGAGGAGCAGCAGGACGACACUGUCUACAUGGGCAAAGUGACCUUCUCGUGCGCAGCUGGCCUUGGACAGCGACACCGGCUGGUGCUGACCCAGGAGCAGCUGCACCAGCUUCAUGGUCGCCUCAUCUCCUAA